AUGGCAACUCUAAAAAAUCUCCCUACAGAAUUGUUGAUCAUGAUCCUAUCGAGACUUCCGCUAAAGACUUUAUCCUCAUUCAAGUUAGUUUGCAAAUUCUGGUAUGCUCUUAUCAACGAUCCUACAAAUUGUUCUCUCCAACAUAAGUCUAUUCUUCUCAAGCAUAUCAUACCCGAUGGUAGAUCAUGUAAACAUAUACACUCCAUCCUCAAGUUUUCCCAUGACCUCGAUCGAUCUAUAUCUAUUAUCAAUUUCAACUUGCCAUUUGAUAAAGAUAAUCCGUUUUCCGACAUUUGUGGCCAUUCUCAUGGCUUGGUUUGUCUAUCGGACGAUAAGGAUGUUUUCCUUUUGAAUCCGACGACUAGAGAGUUUCGUAAACUCCCUUCGUCGAUUCUUCACUACACUGGACCUGAUCAUGAACUUCAUUCUUGGAACUUAAAGACGGUUGGGUUCGGAUACGAUUCCAAAUCUAGAGAUUUGAAAGUGGUUAGGGUUGUAGAAUUUGUGCACAUAUACGAUUCAGAUGGUCCAACUAGAAUGGAAAUUUAUGACUUGAGAAAAGAUAGAUGGAGGGAAAUUGAAUCCCCUCUCCCUGACCAUUUAAUGUCGAUCUGUUCUUUUGAUAUAUAUCAUGAAGGAAAAUAUUAUUGGUGGUCACGAAAUAUAAUAGGAAGUAAUAUCAUACAAACGUUCGACAUUAGCGAAGAAGUUUUUGACGAAAUUUCAGUACCGGACAGUUUAUCGUAUGAGGAUAACGUGUAUAUAAGUAUUGGGAUUUUAAAUGGAAACAUUGUUAUACUUCGUACAUUUUACCAUCGAAUAAUAGAGAAGGAAAAGGACAUAUACGUUUGGGAGAGGAAGAAGGAUGAAGAUGGUGUUGUUUCAUGGUCAAAGCUAUUCACAAUUGGUCCGUCGUUUGGAAUUGAGAGGUCAUUGUUGGCAGUGAGUUCAGAUGAACUUUUAAUGGAGACCAAAGAAAGACAAUUGAUUUUUUAUAAUAUUAAAACUCAACGAGUCAAACCUAUUCCAAUAAAAGGGCUUGGAGGCUACUUUUGUGCAACUUUAUUUGAGAAUAGUUUAGUAUCUGUGAAAAGAGGACAUAAUAUGUUAUAUGAGUUUUAA